UGGCACGGUACUCCGGACCGCCGUAUCGUUCCAAACAUCGCGCCCUUCUCGCCGCUCUCCUCGCUUUCGCCACUGGAUAUCGAUAUUCCUCCUCCUCCUCCUCCUCCUCCUCUUCCUCCUCUUCCUCCUCCUCCUCCUCCUCCUUCUUCUCCUCCUCCUCCUUCCUCCUCUGUCUCUCCCCCUCCCCCCGUCCCCCCGUUGUUUACGCGUACGUCGAGGACAAGCAGCAAUCGUUUCCCAGUCGGAAAUCGAGCGGAUGGGGCCCCGAAGAUCCGGCGGCGGCCUGGAUCCGUGACAACUUGGAAGCCUGUUCGAGCUACGACCACGGUGUCUCGGCCGAUAAUGCGGCACGGGUUAAGCGUUUAAAGGGACGAAAACGCGCCUAAACCCGUUCGUGGUCCCGCUAAUGAUUCAAACGUUUUAAACGUUUAAUUUGUCCACCCUCUGCGCGGGUGUGGGCUCUGGAUCGUCGUUCACGGAUCGACGUGGCAACGGAACAAGGCAUCCCACGAGGCGAGGGUCGUGACGGAUCGGACACCAACGAUAAUGCGUUCCGCCGUCCGCUGAGAUUGGACCGCUUCGUCGAGAUUUCAGGCUCGCUGGAGUUGAGAAGGAAGGGGGGCGAUUCGAAGGGCAAGGGACGUGACGCGCACGAUCGUCCGCGAGAUGGAUCCCGGCGAAAGUUGCGGAAGGCGAGGUUACGGGACAACAGUGGACCACGAACUCGUUGUUAUUAAAAUAUCAGUGAACACGAAUUAACCCAUCGCCGUUGUGUGUAGCGUCCGUUUUUCUAUUCUUUCCGAAUAACGGAACAUUGGUAUCUGUCGGAUCUGGUGGACGGACGGACCAUGCCACGUUUCUUGAAGAGAUGAUAAUCGACGGACAUUGACAGUGCCUGCCUGCCCGCCGGAUAGACAGAGAAUACGUUACGUCGCGCGUAAUGGAGGAACACGUGAACCAGACCUCGAGAAACUCGUCCUCGGACGGGUUGGUUUUCACGGAUGCCUCGAUCAUUCUCAGAACAUUGGUGCUGGGUCUCUUGAUACUCGUCACCGUUGUCGGGAAUCUGUUCGUGAUAGCUGCGAUCCUGCUCGAGCGGAACCUGCAAUCGGUGGCCAAUUAUUUGAUCGUCAGCUUGGCCGUGGCCGAUCUCAUGGUCGCCUGUCUGGUCAUGCCUCUCGGUGCGGUUUACGAGAUAAACUCGGAAUGGUCGCUCGGGCCCGAGCUUUGCGACAUGUGGACCAGCAGCGACGUUCUCUGCUGCACUGCCUCGAUAUUGCAUCUGGUGGCUAUCGCGGUCGACAGAUAUUGGGCAGUCACCGAUCUCAAUUAUAUACAGGCGAGGAAUCCACGACGGAUUGGUAUGUUGAUCGUCGCCGUCUGGGUGGUGUCCUUAGGAAUCUCGUUGGCGCCCCAACUCGGAUGGAAGGAUCCUGAUUAUUUGGAUCGUAUAGCGGACGGGACUUGUCUGGUGUCGCAGGAUCCCGCAUACCAGAUCUUCGCCACUUGCGCGACAUUCUAUCUACCCCUGUUGGUUAUUCUAUUCCUGUACUGGAGGAUAUUUCAAGCGGCGCGGAAGCGGAUCAGAAGGAGGCCGGGAACCAUUGUGCAGCCAGCUCGUGAAAGAAGAGGCAUCCUUAGAUACGUCACAAAAAGACCGAGGGAGGAAUCGACAGCGUUCACGAUAACGAGAUCCACGCCGGAUCAUUCGUCGAUCUCGCCUGAGAAAUCGUCGUCUUACAACGGGGCGAACGCGACCCAAUCGACCACGGUCACCCCGUCGACCGUCUCGACGACCACGACCACCACCACCACCACGACAGUGACGAAUCCUUCGAGCAGCCACUCGACCCACUCGUCGAGCAAAAGGACGCGCGACACUAUCGAGUCGAAGCGCGAGAAGAAAGCCGCGAAAACGCUGGCGAUAAUCACCGGGGCGUUCGUCGCGUGUUGGUUGCCUUUCUUCGUUGUUGCGUUGCUCCGCGCCACUUGCCAGGCCUGCGAGCCACCUGAGCUCAUAGCAAGCGUCUUCCUGUGGCUGGGCUAUUUCAACAGCACCCUGAACCCUGUGAUAUACACUGUAUUCUCACCAGAGUUCAGGCAAGCCUUCAAGAGGAUGCUUUGCGGUGGUUCCAGGAUAAUUCGCUGACAGUGGAUUUAAAUCUCGCGCCUGUCGCGUAUGAACUGAGAGAGAGAGAGAGAGAGAGAGAGAGACGGGAUAUGCGUGCGUGUACAUAAUAAGACGGUUCAAUAUUCUAACUCCUUCCUCUCUCCUUUUUUAGGUAGCGUUUCGGAUAUCGCGAUACUUAGGCGAGAAAACCCUUAGAGAGAGCCCAUAGAUAGUUUCCCACCCCCGUCCCCUCCCCUCCUUCGGAAACUUUCCGCUGGAAAUGAACAGGUUCAACGAGCGGAUCCGGAUAUAAGUUUCGCCGUUCGAUCCGGAAAGUUUCGCACGAUUUUUCGAAAAAGAUGGACGGAUGAUCCGACAACGAUUGCGCGAUUGUUUCCAUCGAAGCGACGGUAUCCGGGAUAACGCUGCAUCUUAAUCAUAACGCGAGAGAAACUCUCUGCUCGAAAUAGCUCCGCAUUUUCCGAUACGUCUAUUAAAAAAAAAAUAAAAUAAAAAAAAAAGAAGAAAAAAAACGCUCUUUUAUCUAUUAUUAAGGGUUUUUGGUUGGUUGACGAAAAUCACGAGGAGAGGAAGAGACGAGCGCCACGGUCUCUCGAACGAUCAAAAGAGGGGGAAAGAAAAAGGGGGAGAAAGAGAUCGAUCCUCCUGGAGAAAUCUCGAGAUGAUGGAUUGCCAAAUGAUCCAGUUUGAUCCACCUCCGUUUCGAUAGAUUAUUUUAGAUUACGUAUUACAUAAGAUUUCGAUUGUCUUUGCAAGAGGAGCGGAGGUUGAUAUACUCGCGAGAUACGAGAACGAUGUUCUUUGUUCAAUUUAUAUCGUGUUUUAUAAAAUCCACUCGUGAGAUCGUUCGGCGAUCAUGAUUUAAGCGACAGAUUUGUGACUCGUCUUUCUCGUCUCGAUCCGUGCGUUCGUUGUCGAGGCACGGAUCGAGAGGAGAAAGAGAUGAAAUUAGAGAUCGAGCGUAAUUUUUUUCCCCGAUUGCUCGUGCCGAUUGGUCGAAACCGGUUGCUGUUACCCCAAUAUCUACGCGCGAUGAAAACGUGGCGUGCAGAUUGUAUAGACGCUCAUUUAUUUCGUAUAUUUGCUGCUCACGAAAUCGUUCCGCGAUUCUCACUUAAACGAUUUAAAUAAGGAUAGAGUGUUAGAUAUCAUCGGCGGCCAAAAGAAUAAAUAAUAAUAGUUCGUCGAUCUCUCUUGGGCCGAAAAGAAAAGAAAAGGGAAAAGAAAAAGAAAAAGAAACAAAAAAAAAAGUGAAAAAAAGGUAUCGUAGUUUCCGUACCACCGAUGUUUCCAUCGAAUUCUCGCGUGUGACGGCGACGCGUUAACGUCGCUUCCAUUGUAAAUACAAAUGGGAUUUCUAAAAAAAGAUAUCCCUCGCCCCCUUCCCCCCCCCCCUCCGAACUACCGAAUGCGAGAUCGGUAAUAAAACGGGGCGGCCAGGCCGAACCAGCUUGCGCCAGCUAGUUCGCAUCGUUGUUCUCGAGUAGAAGGUGAACGAGAUCUUUGCGCUUCACGUGUCAUGAUUUGCUCACGAGUUCGUAUUCAUCUUCGAAUUACAAUCUCUGGAAACGAUCUUUUUUUCACGAUUCCAUCACGAUCGUGGUGGGAUUCGUUAAACGGGAUCGUACGAACCACUCUUUGUUUCACUUUUUCUCAUUCUUUGUUGAAUACUUUCAUCCGUCGAAUUCCUCUUCCCUUCUUUGAAACUUUUCCAAUUAUCGAAUAUCCUUUGGUUACAAAGAAAUUCGCUUCGAAGCUUUCUUUCUUUCUUUUCAAUUCUUUGAAAUUUUUUAAAUUUUCUUCUCUCACACGCGUCGCGUAAAGAUCGUAUCGAUAACGAUCGUUCAAUAACGCCUUACCUUAUGUACGAAACAUUGGAUACUUUAUCCACACUUUAGCGAGUUUCGAGGAUUAUUGUUUGACAGGGACAAAGAGAUCGAAACGAAAGAAAAGGGAAAGAAGGGAACGUGUAAUUAAUAAAUCGCAAUCAGAGUGCAGAGUUAUCCGGAGAUUCGAUUAUCGGCUUCUGAUCGCGCCCUUUUUUUUCGAUUAUGCGAUCUUUAAAAUUAAAACGAGACGAAGAUUAUAUACGGUGUUCGAAAGUAAAGUAAAAAAAAAA